AUGAAGCUCUCCGCCCUCCUCACCGCCCUCGCCGUCGCGCCCUUGGCGCUGGCCGCGCCGUCCUUGCCGUCUGGCAAGACGUACGAAUGGCGCUUCACGAUCCUGACAUUCGGAUACGGCGUAAAGAUCAAGUCUCGAAUCCAGUUCAUCACGGGACCGAAGCCCAAGAUGUGCUUCAAGCUCGACCCGAACCAGCCGACGCCCGGCACCGAGGGCCUGGACUGGCAGAUGUUUGCCAACGGUGAACCGCUCCACGAUGAGGCUCUCAUCGGAGCCUGCUGGGAUGCAGGCGUGAACCUAGUCACCCUCGGCUGGUCCAUCAUCGACGGCAAGGACGUGCCCGGUUUGGAGAUCUCUAAUGUCGGCGCCGCGGUGCUCGACAACACACCCUGCUACAAUAGGUGGAUCUCCGGCAGGUGGACGGUCGCCUAG